AUGUCGGCGGCCGACUCUUCAGCCUCUCGUCCCAAGGAGCUCCGUCCGGUCAUCCUCAUCACUGGUGCGAAUGCCGGCGUGGGUUUCGGCAUUUGCCAGAGGCUCAUCGUACAGCUCUCGUCGCCCAGCCCGAGCGAUACGCUGCCUUCACAUCCGCAGUGCCGCCCGGACCCGUCCGUGGAGCCGAGCCCCUCGCCCUUUGCGGCGCCAGACGGAUGCACCAUCGUCCUCGCCUGCCGCAAUCCCAUCAAGGCUCACAAGGCGCGUCAGCAGCUCAAGCAGCUGCUCGACUGGAUCGAGAAUCUUCCCGAGCACGAGGAUACGCCCACGGGCCCUCCAGAGAGCUGGGCCUUCGCCUUUGACACCACCACCAAGGAUGACAAGCUCACAGAUCCCGAGACCGAGGACGACAUUCGUGACACGCCGCAUGAGGACGCCGAUCCCGCGCUCAUAGCACAUGCCCAGGAGAACAACGUAAGACGCAGGAGAAAGCUGCGCAAGGCAUUCGCCAACGACGACGAAGCUGAUCUCGACGAUGACGAGGAUCCGGAUGGCGCCGACGCUCGUACCGAUGAUGCCACAUCGACAGGCGCUGCAGCCAAAGAUGGCUCGCCCAGCUCUCCGGACCUCAACGCCAGCCUCGAGCAGCGCAACAAGCGUGCCAAUGCACGCUACCGCCGUCGCUUUUGCCAGGGCACCCGCAUCGAGUUUGUCCCGCUCGACCUGGGUAGCAUGGGCAGUGCGCUCGAGUGUGCUCGCAUGGUGCGCGAGAGGUACACGCACGUCACCCACGUCGUUCUCAAUGCCGGCUCGUCCGCAUGGACCGGCAUGAAUUGGUUCUACGCCGUCUGGAUGAUCAUGACGCAGUUCCGCUACGCCGUCACCUGGCCUGCCUACAAGAUGCAGCGUGCGGGCGACAAGAGCGACGACGGCUUCGGUUGGGUGUGGCAGUGCAACGUGGGCGCCCACUGGAUCCUGGUGCGCGCCUUGCUGCCCUCGCUGCGUGCCACUCCGUACUCGGUGCCUUCGCGCAUCAUCUGGACCAGCUCCGUCGAGGCCUUCUCCAAGUACUACGACGCCUCGGACUAUCAGUGCAUCGAUGCAGCCAAGUCGCCUCUCCCCUACGAAUCGACCAAAUACCAGUGCGAGCUCGCCGCACUUGGGCUCGACGAUGCGCUGGAGACGCGUCGCAUGCGUACGCAGCCAGGCACUCCUAUGGAAGAGCGACCCUCGGCGCUCGGCAUGUCGCCCUUUGACAGCGCCGCCUCGCCCGCGGACUCGCGCAUGCGACGAACUGCGUCGUCGGCGAGUGGCACCGCACCGCAUGGCUUCCUCGGCCUGCCGCCACCGUCCCGGGCGCUCCCCGGCCAGCCCGAGCCACGCAGCUUCCUUGCCCAUCCGGGCGUGGUGGCUUCGACCAUGAUGUCGCAGUUCGUCGCUUCGUGGGUGACGGUAUUCGUCGUAGCGAGCUUCUACAUUGCACGCUGGGUAGGCUCGCCGCAUCACCCGAUCGAUCCGUUCAAAGGAGCCGUCUCGGUCAGCCACGCGUGUCUGGCACCGGACCUGGAUCCGAAGAAGCGCUACGGAAGCCGCUCGGAUUUCUGGGGCCGCGAGUACGUCGGCGUCGAGACCAUCGAGUACUAUCGCUCGCAGCUCGGCGGUGCCGGUCCCGGAGUGGGAGCGCGGCUGGCGCUCGCUGGCGUCGAUCCCCGCACCGUGCAGGGCGACCCGUCGGAUUCGGGACGUGUGCUGCGCAUGGCGCGCGAGUAUGUCGGCCUCUGCGAGAAGACGGCGCGCCAGGUCUGGCGCAGCGCCCGCAAAGGAGAUCUGCCUCCUUGGAGCUCGCUCGCUGGAGACGAGUUUGUUGUUCGCGAACAUGCAGCGCAGGCUUCCACCGAUGACGAACAAGACUCGCAGCCGAUUCUCGAUACGCAAGACGCACGACCUCCCGCACAGUCCAAGGACGACGACCCUGUCAUCACACUCAAAAAAACCACUGUGCCCAGCAGCGGCUCGUCGGGCGACGAGUGGGAGAAGGUGCAGUAA